AUGUCAAAUCAUGAUACCCCGAAACAAAAACCCAAAAAAACCGAUUCCGAUUCAUCAGGUUCCGAAGAAGAUAAAAUCGAUUUAGCUCACAUGAAAGCUCUGGCGCACAAGACGAUGAAAAAUUUGUGUUUGUUGGAUGUCGCUAGUUACCUGCCUGGAGGUAUAAAGAAAGUAAAGACUAUUGUGCCAGUAAAUAAAAUUUCGGAUGAUGGCUCAUCCAGUUCAUCAACCAACCUCGAAAGGCAAAAACCGAUACAAGACAUGACCGUUAUCACUAACGAAGAACGUGCGAAAGACGACGAAUCGGCGUCCUCUUCCGAAAUGUCUUCUUACUUGGAUAUCGACGAUUUGAAGGGCGAUAUGAUGAUAUUUUAUAGAAGUUUAAAUGGAGAAAGCAGCACUUUUCAACUAUCCCAAUCCUUAAUAGCUGUGAACGAUUUAGAAGAACCAACACAGACUGAUUUUCCGACUUCUUCCACUCAAACAGAUAAUGUAUUAAAAUCAGUAUCGACUCCUACAAGCAAAGUUCACAUACAUACAGAAAGGACGACUGGAUCGAACCCUUUACUUCCUCGGACUAGAGAAAUAGGUACCAGUACGUCGGUUCUUGUAUCGGAAGGUCCUGAAAACACAGCAGAGAGAAGCCGGGUGCCUCCGUUGCCAUUUAUUGGUGAAAUGAUGAUCGGGGAUGAUAUACCCAUGAGGCAGUACUUGUACGAGUUAACAACGGCUUUGUAUUUGACUGCACCUCGACCUUUUGAAACUGCUGAAGGUCCUGAAAAUCCGGAUUAUUAUCCACCGGUUAAAAAUGAAGACUUAAUAUCCGGAAAGUUUAACCAGAAAUUUUCAUACAAUAAUUUAGAAAAUAAGUGGCAAAAAAUUGCAACCACAGUAAAGACUGUCCCUGAAAGCCAAAAAGAUUGGAAACAUUGGAGGAAGACUUGGCAAAAUAUAAGAUCCAAAACAAAAAAAAGAAAAGCUCAGCAUAAUCAUCAGAUAAGUGGUACCGGAGGGGGGCCAAAAGUUGUAGACAUUACUGACACAGAUGAGCAGGUCCUAGAGUUAAUACAUCCACAAUUAAUAAGUGGAAAUGAAGAUAUCGAGGAAACUGUAAUAGUUUUUGAUUACGAGGAUCAUAAUGAGAUGGAAAAGGAAAAUAAUGGACAUAGUGAAAAUGCAAUUGAACUUGCAGCAGUUGAAUUUGCAGAAAAUAUACUGCAAGUACCAACACCGCAGAAAGAGAAAGACGCAGCCACAGGCACACCACAGAAAAUAGCUAUUAAUACAGGACACUCGUGGCCAGUAAUAGAUUACAGGAUUUGCUAUUUCUUCAUACCUAUACUUUACGAUAUCGAUCAAAUAAAUUUAAUAGCGCCGUCCAACUGGAAGAAAGCCACAGUAAUCUCAAGAAAUGAUACAAAAGAUUACAAUAAGACAAACAGGAAGCGCCAACAAAUUGAAUUAGAUAUAAUACAGCAGAUAGGAGAAGAAAUAAAAUGA